AUGGCCAGCACAGGAGAACAGACGGACACGGAGUACGUGCGGGAGCGGCUGGACGCGAUCCAGGAGACGGAGCAGCGGUUGGUGUCGUUUCUGGGGACGUUUGCAGAGGUGAUGGAGAAGGUGGAGGAGACACACGUGGAGCUGCUGGACAAGGAGGCGGGGGCGGGGGACGGGGACGGGGACGGGGAGACGGUGCAGCAGCUGAUGAGCCGGUGCUACGAGGACCUGUCGUUUGCGUCGGUGCAUCUGCGGCGGGAGCUGAAGCUGCUGGAGGUGAAGCUGCCGUUGCCGGCGGGGCUGUCGAAGAAGGCGAGUGACGUGAACAACGAGAAGCUGCGGCGGCUGCUGUAG